CACAGAGGAAACAGCAACCAUUGUUUUCCAUAAUAAUGCCGUUGCUUUCCCUUUGUUUUCUCUUUUCAUUAAAACACAGCACAUCUGCACUGCACUCCCCACUCUCCCGAAACCCCAACUCUGAACUCACUCUCUACUUUACUUCUGAUCUCAACAAGAAUUUUAAGAUUUUUUCAAUCACUAUCGCUUCUUAAUUCUGUCUGCAUUCAAUUAUCCUCUGGUUUACUCUCUCUCUCUCUGAAAUCUUUAAGAUUUUCAUUUUCUGUUCAAAAACCUGUCCUUUUGUUUCUCUCUCUAUAUAAAUGUAAAAUUAUGCCCCAAAAACAUUAUUUUUUAUCUGUGCGUGUUUGAUUUGUGAGAAAAUAUUGAAGAAAAGAAGGGAAAGUUUGAGUCUUUUCAAGUGAGCACUAAUGGGGUUUGUCAAGUGUGGGGUGCUUUUUGUCUUGGUGGCGGUUCUCAUGGCUUCCUUUUCUGUUUCUUACACUGACCCUAAUGAUGUGACUGCAAUGAAUAGCUUGUUUGUUAGCUUGCAAUAUCCGCGGUUGAUUGGUUGGGUUGCUAUGGGAGGAGACCCAUGUUCAGAUGCAUGGCAAGGAGUUGGUUGUGUAUUCUCAAACAUAACCUCAUUAACACUAAAUGGCUUGAAUUUAGGGGGAACCUUGAACAACGAUUUCAAUAAAUUUACAUCAAUCAUAGAUAUAGAUGUUAGUGAUAAUCAUAUUGGAGGGGAUAUUCCAUCGGCGUUACCCUCUACCUUGAGGAACUUUUCUCUUGCUCGCAAUCAGUUCACUGGAAGAAUUCCAGAUACUUUAAACUCAUUAGGUCAACUGUUAGACUUAUCUUUCCACAAUAAUCAGCUAAUUGGAGGAAUACCAGAUGUCUUUCAACAAAUGACAAGUUUGUCAAAUUUGGAUCUGUCUGGUAAUAAUUUGAGUGAUCAGCUGCCUCCUUCAAUGGGAACUUUGUCUUCUCUCAGCACAUUGCAUUUGCAGAACAAUAGACUUACUGGGACCCUUACUGUCCUGCAGGAUCUUCCCCUCGAGUAUCUGAAUGUGGAGAACAAUCUAUUUUCUGGGCCUAUUCCGGAGAAGCUGCUGGAUAUUCCAAAUUUCAGAAAAGAUGGAAAUCCCUUCAAUACAUCUAUCAUUCCUUCUCCACCACCUGCCAUCUCUCCAUUUCCAAGCUUGCCACCUGUUGCAGAAGCACCUCAGAAGCAGGCAAAUGGUCCUUCUGCCUCAGUAACACUAAAGUCUGAAAGAUCAAAAGGAUUUUUUGCAUCUAAGAGGGUCAUUUGGAUUGCUGUUAUAGGGGUAGUUGUUAUUAUUAUCAUACUGGGAUUAUGUCUUUUAAUGUCAACAUGCUGCAAAGGAAGGAAAGCAAAUGAAGAAGACAAUGAGAGGCACAGUGUUAGUGUAUAUAAGAGCCAUAUAGAUGAGCCCAUCAGUAAAUCUUCAUUUGAACGAAACAAUCAAGAGAAAGUUACCAAAGAAUCAACCAUAAAGCUGCAAGAUCAAUAUGGACAAGAUGCCAGAAGGCAGGAAGCAUAUCCAAAGGCACAGGGUGAACAGGAUAUUGAUUUGAAGAGAAUGGCUGCAUAUUCAAAGCAAAAGAUGGAUCAUGGGAUAAACAUGACAAGCAUGGAUGCAAAUUUUAUGCCACUGCAGCCACUGCCCCCACCUCCCCCAAGCCUUCCUAUUGGCAAUGUCAUUGCAAAUCCAAUUGGGCAUGCAGCUCAUGAAAAGAGUCAUUCAACCGGGACUCCGAGCUCACAUUUUCCAAGGAUUUUCACCAUUGCUACACUUCAGCAGUACUCAAACAGCUUUUCAGAAGAAAAUUUUGUUGGUGAAGGGACACUUGGCAGUGUUUACAGGGCUGAGCUUCCUACUGGAAAACUACUGGCAGUCAAGAAGCUAAACAGUGGAGCUUCCAAGCAACAGACCGAUGAGGAAUUUCUUCAACUAGUUUCUAGCAUAUCGAAAACUCAACAUGAUAAUAUCGUGGAGUUUGUGGGAUACUGUAAUGAGCAUGGGCAACGGUUACUUGUUUAUGAGUAUUGCAAAAAUGGGACACUGUAUGAUGCAUUGCAUGCAGAUGAUGAAAUCCAUAGGAAAUUCUCAUGGAAUGCACGUGUCCAGCUGGCACUAGGAGCUGCUAGAGCCCUCCAGUAUCUGCACGAGGUUUGUCAACCACCUAUUGUGCACUGGAAUUUUAAAUCUUCCAACAUUCUCCUUGAUGAUAAGCUAGUAGCUCGUGUCUCAGACUGUGGCCUGGCUCCUCUGAAAUCAUCUGGCUUUGCAACUGAGUUAUCAGGGCGCGUCCUCAGUGCUCAUGGUUAUGGGGCUCCAGAGCUUGAGUUGGGAAGUUAUACGAGCAAGAGUGAUGUAUAUAGCUUUGGAGUUGUGAUGCUAGAGCUCCUCACCGGUAGAAAAUCUUAUGACAGGUCAUUGAGUCGAGGGGAGCAAUCUCUGGUUAGAUGGGCAAUUCAUCAGCUUCAUGAUAUAGAUGCACUUUCUAGGAUGGUUGACCCCUCUAUAAAGGGGGCAUGUCCUGUGAAGUCUUUAUCACGUUUUGCUGAUAUAAUAUCUAGAUGUGUGCAGUGGGAGCCCGAAUUCAGGCCACUUAUGUCUGAAAUCGUUCAGGAUCUUUUAUGUAUGUUAUAGAGGAGGACCUCAAAAGUCAAUCUUAUUAGAAAAUGGCCAGGCCAAGAUUUUUGCGAGGUGGGAUCGCUUUGGAGGACCGUGUUUCUUAUGUUAAGCAGCGUAAUAUUGUCUUUCAUAUGCUAAAAUCCUACUUGGGAAGAAUUUUCGAAGUAACUUAGCUACCAGUUUUUCCUAGGUUUUCAUUGUUCAUUUUAGUUAUUAGAAAGGUGUUGGUAUAUAGUCAUUAUCAAAAUUCUGUUGAAUAUUACUUUCUAAUGUAAUCGCUUCUUGAUUUCUUGAUUGUAUUUAACAACAUUGAGCAGCAUUUUGAAUCAAUUUUGUAUGUCAUUUUCACACGUCA